AUGGCUUAUCCCUAUCAACCACAAUCCGAUGCCUCGGCGCCGAUGCUGCCACUCCCGGCCACCAUAAUCGGCCCUCAAUAUUGUGCUCCGUAUCAGCUUGAUCUUACGGUUGUGAAAAAACUUAUGACCACUUCAGAUGGAAACUUUUCCGUUACAGAUGUCAACGGCAACGUCGUUUUUGAAGUCAAGGGUUUUCGCUUUACCCUACAAGAUCGCCGUCUUUUGCUUGAUGAUGCCGGAUAUCCGAUCAUUACCUUGCGUCGCAAGAUAGUGACUAUGCAUGAUCGUUGGAAAGCUUAUAGGGGUGAAAGUACAGAUAAAAAAGAUCUUAUAUUUACAUUAAAGAGAUCCUCUCUAAUUCAGUUUACAACCAAAUUAGAUGUGUAUUUAGCUAGUAACACAAAAAAACAUGUUUGUGAUUUUAAAAUCCAAUGUAGUUGGUUGAAGCAAUCUUGCAAAGUUUAUGCUGGUGAAUCUAACGACAUUGUUGCUAUGAUGCACACAAAGCAGAGUAAUUUGAUUGGUAAAGACUAUUGCAUAGUCACAGUUUAUCCUAAUGUUGAUUAUGCAUUUAUAGUGGCCUUAAUUGUGAUUCUUAAAAAAAUUAACGCUGAUGAAGAGAAUGUUUCAUUAGAAGAUUAG